ACUUGUGCUGAAUCUAUGCCCCAUUGGCGCUGCCAGAGCUGCGAUGGAAAAUGGAAUAGGCAACACGUGGAGCCUACCCCUUGAGCCUACAACCUGGUGGUAGUUCUGCACCAGAUGGGACCUGGCCUAGGGUGACAUCCGCGUGACAACCUGUUUGCGUGAACUUGUUAAAGGUCUUCACGCCGAGAACCAGGACUUGUCCUUGGCACGCGAACAUAUCUACAUGGGUGACGCUGGCGAAUGGCAAGAUCCGUAUGCCGUAUGCCGUCUUGCCGAAGGAGUACGUCAAGCGCAUGAAGGAAAUCAGAGCUACGGUUGAUCCGAAUGGCGUCCUUCUACUUUCAUCCUCGCGUUCAUUAUCACUGGUCCAUGCCAUUUUCGACUCUUAUCAUGACCCUCCCAAUUGGACUUUAGGGUCCGGUAAGAUGAGCAAGGAGGAAAGUCCCCAGCAACCUGCCACUUUAAGUCUAUCUGACGCGUCAAAGUGCAGCUUUGAGUCUUAUGUACUGACUCGGUAUCAGCGCAAUUUCCAGAAUUAUAUAUGUCAAGCUCUCCAGGUAACGGGCCAAAGCCCCUGUCUCGGCCAAGCAAGCAGGGUGCCUAAAGCUAUCUCAUUUGGUGCCUAAACGAUAAAAUUCUAAACAUGAGGAACAAAGGAAACAACAUCGUGUGGUAGAC